GCACAUGCACAAACAAACGAACAAGUAUAAAGCAAUGGAAUUAUAAGGUGCCUGCAGAAUUUCAUCAAGAUCUCACGUAUUGCACAGGAAAACACCGAAAAGUAAAACCAGUUUGGUUUGAAAGCAAAAAUUGUAAACAAAACAUUUUUAAGUUCAAAUUGCUGGUUGCGGUAAAGAGGAGUGGCGAUUUUCCACUAAGAGUUGGCAACGUGAAGAAAUCAUAAGCGCGGGCAGCAUUUACUGAGGCAUAUGCCAACUAGUUUUGUUUACUCAUUAUUUAAUACACUACAUUCAGUAUCAGUAAAAAGAAAGUUUCGUUGCAUAGUAUUGCUUUACGCGUCAAAGUAAAUGGAAUAGAAGUGUACAUGACUGCGAGUUGCAUGCACGCAGCCUUCAUAACAACCUUGCUUCGAUGCACUUUUAAUUUCUGUGUCUAAUAUUGAAAUAUAUGUAGCUCGUAUAUAUUUAUAGCUAAAAUAAAGUACAAAAUACGAAACGAAAUCCGUUCUACAACAUUUCAAAUUUGAAUUCCUGACAAUGACGACACAACUGGAUGCCACUAAAACUAAUACUAUAUCACAAACAGGCGGUGGUGAUACUGCAACUGAAUCGCCAACUUUAACUAUAGACAACCAACGUACAUCGCCAGAUUUUACAAAAUACAUCAAGGAAAAAUGGAAAAUAAACAGCGCAUCGGAGCAAAUAAGCCAAAUAAUAUCCGGUGGCUUAGCUGCGGCUAUCACGCGUUCUUUCUGUCAGCCGUUGGACGUACUAAAAAUACGUUUUCAAUUGCAAGUAGAGCCACUGAAGGAGCACAUCAAUCAACAGUCCAAAUACACAAGCGUAGCGCAAGCUAUACGCACAAUUUACCGCGAAGAGGGUAUACUCGCCUUCUGGAAAGGUCACAAUCCAGGCCAAGUGCUUAGCAUAAUUUAUGGUAUAUCACAGUUUUGGACAUAUGAACAAUUGAGUUUGGCCGCCAAGCAAACUACAUACCUCAAAGAUCACACAAACACAUCGAAUUUCCUUUGUGGUGCCACAGCUGGUGCAACGGCUGUUAUACUUUCAACGCCUAUGGAUGUAAUACGCACACGUCUUAUUGCACAGGAUAAAAGCAAAGGAUAUAAAAAUGCGACGCGCGCCGUAUCAACAAUAGUACGCACCGAGGGUAUACGUGGAAUUUAUCGCGGUUUGAAUACAGCGCUAUUGCAAAUUACACCAUUAAUGGGAGCCAAUUUUAUGCUUUAUCGAAUUUUUAGUAAAUCAGCAAUGCAAUUCUAUAAUGUAGAAAACCGAAGUGAACUGCCUACGUGGGUGCUACUUUGUUUGGGCGGCUCGUCGGGCAUGCUGUCUAAGUCGCUGGUAUAUCCAUUUGACUUAUUGAAAAAGCGACUGCACAUACAGGGUUUUGAAUCAAAUCGUCAAACAUUCGGUGAAAAUAUCCGUGCUACUGGCGUUUUUAGUUGUCUGCGGAAGACUAUACAACAAGAGGGUCCCACAGGUUUGUACAAAGGAAUGGCUCCCACACUGCUGAAAUCUACAGUUACGACGGCAUUAUAUUUCGCCAUUUACGAUAAACUCAGGCAGAUACGUUGGUUUUCUUAACUACACAUAUAGCGGUUUAAGUUAAAAGCUUAAUAUGUCUCUUUAUGUUGCUAUAAGCAUUUCAGAGUAAUGCUAGACAAAUUUUAUUUAACAUGCAAUUUGUUAUGAAUGCGACUUUUAUAAUUUUAUAAGAUUUUAUUUUAUUUUUUUCUUUAUUUUAGCUAACAAUACCAUAUUUAAAAAAAGAACAAACUUUCCAUUUUGUAUAAUACUUUGUAAAAAAGUAAAAAUAAUACAAAUAGUUAAAAUGUAACGUAACGCGGUUGUUAUCAGGCAUAUGGGACAUAAUAUAUUUUGAACCAGAAGAGCCUUAAUUAUUUUAAAUAAAAAAAAAAAAAUAUUUCUAAAUAAAACAUAAUGUAAACUGAAAAUUACAAAA